AUGCGCAGACCCAACGUUUGCUUCAAGACAAGAGAUAUUGCUAGCACUGAGGUCCGAGUCUUCAACCUUCGAGAGGGCUGGGCCAGGAAAGUCGCGAUCCUGGGUCCGAGUUUUUCUCUGGAAAGAGAGAACUUCCAGUCUACCAUCGACAAGCUCAAUGUGCGACUGAGAAGUCGAACAGCACUGGCUUGGCUCGAUGCUGCGCUGGACCCAGGAAAAGAACUUUCACCGGAAGACGUGGAAACUGCUACUGCGGACAUUAGCGCACUUUGCCACGUGGGUAUUACCGGCAAAAGCUGCGAGGCCAGAGCCUGGUUGGACCGACUGGUCAAUGAUCCGGCUCUGGGAAUUGCAAAGUGCGAGCUGGCAAUUGCAGUGGUGAAAGCCAUGAUUCCCGAUGCAGAAGAGAUGCCGAGGCUUUCAAAGACCCUGACAGGGUUGAAGAUUGAACAGCAUGUGUCGUCCGGGCCCGAUCAUGACGUCCAAAGCCUCACUGGCCUGAUCCGUGCUUGGGAUGACCUGCAAGCGGCAUCGUACAAAGAUGUCGAGCAGGCCGUUGCCAAGGCCCGAGAUUGCGUUCGGAAGAGCAGCCAUGAUGCAUUCCGCAUGCAGCUGGCGGGUUCCAGGCAGGCCUUCGAGGACUUGCGGCUUCGGGCAGGAGGGACCGAGAGCGGCAGAAACUGGAAGGCUGAUUUGGCCAAUGGCACGAGUUGGGAUGCACUUUGCACACUGGCAAAUCAGACAGUUCUCAAGGAACGACCGUUCUACAAGGUCCUGGACAAGUACUUUGUUUCAUUCCAGAAGUCCUUCGCCGAGCUGCAGGAGGCACUGUCGUGGCCAGAUCUGCCGACUGAGGCCCAGGAGGCCCGAGAUCUUCUUGCACAAGGGCCUGCAACUUUGCAGCUUGCACGGGUGACCGGGUCCGAGAUCUAUUUCCUCGAGACCAUUCUCUUGGUCCGACCCGACAAACAGAGGUCCCGACUCAAGAAACGGAAAGAAUCGCUAAAGGAGUUUAAUGUGCCUGCAAAGCAGGUGCAUAAGUUGAUUUGGCAGAAGGUCAAUGAAAUUCUAGGUGAGGAGUGA